AUGCAAUUUGUUGAGAAUCUGUUUUCUAUGCCACAAUUUGGCUCGAGAGUACAAGUAAAAUACAAACGUAGUGGUUUGGAUGGUAAAAUUGUUGGAUUCGAACAGGUCAUUGUCAACCCCCAGGAAACGAAUGCCAAAAAUUCCUUGAGAUUGGACAGACAAAUGGGCUCGAAACUUGAUUUUGUCCGUGGUCGAGCAGGAUUCAUGCCAUUUGCGCCUGGUGGUAUUGAUACCCCAGAAAUUCCUGAAUCUAACCUUAUUUUGCAUAGAGACGCUGAUGGGUUGUUUGACAUUCCUCCAGGAUUCAGCCGUGGGCUUAAAAAUGAAGGAGUUGGCGUAGAGGCAGAAGAUGUUGGCGUUCUUAAAGAAAAGGAAACAGAAGAAGCAAACGAUGAGAUCGAUAAUGAGGCAUAUGAUGAUGACCUCGAUAGGUCUGAUAUUGACGAGGGUGACGAAGAAGAAGCUGAAGAUGGAAUAGAGGACAUUGCUAAUGGGGUUAAUGCUUUUAAAUUUGACGAUGAUUCCAGCUCCGCACAGGUGGGUUCGUCAUUUUCUUCUGCAAUCGAUGAUCUACUUCCUCAAGAUAUUAGUUUUGGCAGAACUGAUACUGCCACAUCUAUUGCUCUGAGUUCAGCAGGCCUGACAACUAAAGUCAAAGAAUGGGCUCAUGUUGUUGAUGUCAAUAAGACUAUAACCAACUUUGAAGAGCUCGUUCCCAAUCCCGCUAAGGAAUACCCUUUCGAACUAGAUACAUUCCAAAAGGAAGCGGUAUAUCAUUUAGAACAAGGUGACUCUGUGUUUGUGGCAGCGCAUACCUCGGCAGGUAAAACAGCAGUAGCUGAAUAUGCCAUUUCAAUGGCCAACAGAAAUAUGACAAAAACCAUAUAUACCUCACCAAUCAAGGCAUUGAGUAAUCAGAAAUAUCGAGAUUUCAAGCAAAUCUAUGAUGAUGUAGGAAUUUUGACAGGUGAUGUUCAGAUCAACCCAGAGGCCAGCUGUUUGAUUAUGACCACUGAGAUUCUCCGUAAGGUGUAG